GGUGGUCCUGCUCUGCUCCGGCUCAUCAUGAGGGGUCUCCUGGUCCUGAGCCUCCUUCUGGCAGCAGCCUGGAGCCAGAAGAUAUUCAGUGGAGACCAGGUGCUCCGUAUCAAGGCCAAGGACGAGAGACAGCUCCAAUUACUCAGGAAUCUAGAAGAUUCGGAGUAUCUGAAGGUUGAUUUCUGGCAUGCUCCAGCCAGGCCCAGCCGCCCUGUGGAUAUGAGAGUUCCUUUCUCUAACCUGAAAGCUGUCAAAAACUAUCUGAAUUCCAGCGGCGUCUCCUAUACCGUCAUGAUUGAGGAUGUCCAGGUGCUGUUAGAUGAGGAAAGAGAAGGCAUGAUGGCCUCCCGAAGACAGGAGAGGAGUACUAGCAGCUUCAGGUACAACUCUUACCACACUCUAGAGGAGAUCUACACCUGGAUGGACGACUUUGUGGCCGAGCAUUCAAACCUGGUCUCGAAAAUUAUGACCGGCCAGACCUUUGAAAAACGCCCCAUUUUUGUGCUGAAGUUCAGCACUGGAAACAAGACCCGGCCUGCCAUCUGGAUUGACAGUGGUAUUCAUGCUCGGGAGUGGAUCACCCAAGCAGUUGGAGUCUGGACAGCCAUGAAGAUUGCCAUGGAUUAUGGGGAAGAACCAGUGCUGACCAAAGUCUUGAACCACAUGGACAUCUUUCUUGAAAUCAUCACCAACCCGGAUGGUUUUGCCUACACCCACAGCAUGGACCGUCUGUGGCGCAAGAACCGAGCUAUCAGCUCGCAUUCCAUCUGCAAGGGGGUAGAUCCCAACAGGAACUGGGAUUCUGACUUUGGAGGUGUCGGUUCUAGCAACAACCCCUGCUCGGAGACUUACCAUGGGCCCUUCCCUCACUCUGAGCCAGAGGUGGCAUCCAUUGCAAACUUCAUCCAGAAGCACAAGCAUUUCAAGGUCCUGAUCUCCAUCCACAGCUAUUCCCAGAUGCUCCUGUAUCCCUAUGGCUACAGAAAGGAGCCUGCUCGUGAUAACGAGGAGCUGCAUAGUCUUGCCAGCGAGGCAGUGGAAGCUCUCUCCCAAGUGCAUGGAACCGAGUACCUCUAUGGGAGAACCAUCAGCACCAUGUAUAUGGCCAAUGGGAUCACCAUCGACUGGGCCUAUGACCAUAACAUCAAGUAUUCCUUUACCUUUGAGCUGCGAGACACUGGAAUUUAUGGCUUCUUACUGCCCGCCAGUCAGAUCAUCCCCACGGCUGAAGAGACCUGGCCAGCCAUUCUGACCAUCAUCAGGCAUGCCUAUGAUAAUCCCUACUAGGAGCUCGAUGUGCAGUCGCAGCCUGAGGAAGAAGCUUCUUUCUAGGUCCAACCCAGGCCUAUGCCCAGAGUUGUUCCU